AUGGGUAUGAUUGUUGUUGUAGUCGGAGCAGAUACAAAUGAUGUUUUCAGUCCAUGCUCGGAUUCUCAAGUUAGUAGAGGAGAUGGUUUCAGCUUUGGCUUGGUGUUUUCGACCAGAGAAUCUUUCUUUCUCAAUGGAGUUCAACUUUCUCCUUGUGAUACUCGUCUCCCAUUAGCAGGCACGAGCGCAGAACUUGCUACGUUUAGGCCUAAAGUUGACGAGCUGUCUCUCCUCACCAUCAAUAAUAGUCAAUUCAAUCCGGUUAAAAAUGGGGGAUUCAUGGUAGCUUUUUCUGGAAGAAAGUAUGCAGCAAGAUCAUUCCCAGUAAUGGUUGCUGACAGUACCAACACCAUUACUAGUUUCACCUUGGUGCUUGAAUUCCAGAAAGGUAUUCUUCAGAAUCUGUUCUGGAAGAGCUUUGGCUGUGGAUCGUGCACCGGAGAUUCUUCUGUCUGUGUUAAUCAACAAGAUUGCGGAGUGCAAAUCUCGAAAUGUAGAAGCAAUGGUGGGUCUGCGGACUGCAAUAUGAGCAUUCAGUUGGCAUUUUCCGGCACGGAUAAGAACCAUGAAGCGCUGAAUUCAUGGUAUGAAGUCAGCAACUUGAGGCAGUUCUCCCUCCAUGACAUGUUUGCAGGAGCCCUGAGUUCUCUCAUUUAG